GUUACACGUCACUUCCGUUAGGUUUGGUAACGUGUCCUUACCGGUUCCAUCGCUGUGACUUGUUAGGAAGCAGCGACAUCCCGGACAUGGCGGAGCUGGAACCCGCGGCUCUGCACAAUGAGAGCGAUGCCGCCGUCAAUGGCACGGGGAGGCUGGGGAGCUCUCCGGAGGGGACGGCGCUGGCGUACGGCAGCCUGCUGGGGAUGGCUCUACUGCCCAUCUUUUUCGGGGCGCUGAGGAGCGUCAACUGUGCUAAGGGCAAGAACUCAUCGGACAUGCCGGAGACCAUCACCAGCCGGGAUGCCGCCAGGUUCCCCAUCAUUGCCAGCUGCACCCUCUUUGGGCUGUACCUGUUUUUUAAAAUCUUCUCCCAGGAAUAUAUUAACCUCUUACUAUCCAUCUACUUCUUUAUCCUGGGAGUCCUCGCUCUGGCGCACACUAUAAGCCCUGCCAUGAAUAGACUGUUACCAGAAAACAUCCCCAACAAACAGUAUCAGCUGCUCUUUACUCAAGGAUCUGGGGACAGUAAACAAGAGAUUGUAAAUUACGAGUUUGAUACCCGGGACUUGGUCUGUCUGAUUAUCAGUGGAGUGGUCGGGGUCUGGUACCUCCUGAAGAAGCACUGGAUUGCCAAUAACCUAUUCGGUUUGGCAUUUGCCCUUAAUGGGGUGGAGCUGUUGCACCUGAACAACGUCAGUACCGGCUGCAUCCUGCUGGGGGGGCUAUUCAUUUACGACAUUUUCUGGGUUUUUGGGACCAAUGUCAUGGUGACUGUGGCCAAAUCCUUUGAAGCACCGAUAAAAUUGGUUUUUCCUCAGGACUUGUUGGAGAGGGGACUUGAAGCCAACAACUUUGCUAUGUUGGGAUUGGGUGAUAUUGUCAUUCCAGGCAUCUUCAUUGCUUUGUUACUCCGUUUUGACAUAAGCUUAAAGAAGAAUUCCCACACUUACUUUUACGCCAGCUUCUUGGCAUACAUCUUUGGCUUGGCCCUGACCAUAUUUGUGAUGCACACCUUCAAACAUGCUCAGCCGGCGCUCCUGUACCUGGUCCCUGCUUGUAUCGGUUUUCCUCUGCUUGUGGCUCUGGUGAAAGGAGAGAUCACGGAGAUGUUCAGAUACGAGGAGCAGCCGCAGAAAACAGACACAGAUGAACAAGACAAAAAAGAGGACUGAGUUCUGUGCCCAGGAUAUUCCAUGACUUGGGGGGGCUUAAAACUGUGUGUGGGAGACUAAAAACGCUGCCCUUCCCCUUUCAUUCUUUUUCUCCCCUUCUCUGCAAUAUGUGCGUAUGUGUGAACUGCUUAUGCCCCCUCCAUUACCCAAUGUGGGUUUGCAUCUGUGCCUGUCAUGUGUCGCUGGGCCGGUAUUUUUAUAUUUUGUAUGGUGGAUUUGCUUUCUAUGGUAUUAAAGCGUCAGUGGAGAUGC